GGAGAGAGAGAGAUCUGGAAUGGGGCCUCCCUCUAUGGCUCGGAGCUCUGCUGCCUGCGCCUGGCUGGAAAUGAAACACACCAAAGGAGCCGCCGCCGCCGCCGCUCCUUUUAUUUUUUUGGAGACUCCAAAAGGAUCCUUCUUCCCUUUCAUGUGCCGCCCCGCUCCAAUCGGAAUCCAGAGGCUGCCUGCAAGUGGUCUAAUCUCAAUGAGGUGUCAAUCAUGUUCCCCGGUGGGUGAAGUAAGGUCUUUUGUAACCGCCUCUGUUACAAGCGAGACUUGAGUCGAGAGGGAGAGAAGAGGAGAGAGACGCAGCCAGGGCGCUGAGUUCAGAGCUGCUUUUGCUGCCGCUGCUGCUGCAAGUGUGCAUCUAUCUAUCUAUAGAUCUGCUCCUCUGUGCAUCCCCCCCGCCCAUAUCUUUUUUCCAUCGUUGCUUUCAUCAAGGAAAGGGGACGGUCGGAGCACAUGGAUUUCUAAAACGAAGAAGGGACCCGUUUGGAAUUGAGAGAUUGUUGUUGUUGUUGUUGUUGUUGUUGUUGUUGUUGAAGAGAGCCAACAAGCAGGCAGUGAUGUCUCCAGCUCAGCCCUGAAGCCCACUUCCGAUGCCCUCGGGUUUGCAGAUCCAUGCCGAGAGAUGGGGAAACUUCACUCAAAACAUGCUGCUGUUUGUAAACCUCGAGAAAGCCCAGAAGGUGAUAGUUUUGCUGUGAAUGCCUCGCUGGCUCGGAAAGGGCUGGAGGACUGGAUGGUGAAGCAGAAAUACUCUGGCAGUGGAAGCAGCAGCGGAGGCAGCAGCCUAGGACUUCAGCAAGGCUGCCAGCACCGGGCUCUUUGCAGGCUGUCUGGUUCCAGGGAUGCAGCUGGUGAAGUUUACAGGGAGGCAAUUGAAAAUGAACACUUUCACCUGGAAGACUUAACUGGUCAACAGCAAAAGGCUCUGGAUUCCUGGAUUAAGAUAGUAUUUGUGGCUUUGCCUCCAGAGAAGACAGAUGGAGUUUGCAGUGGCGAUGAAAAGAAAGUGGAGAAGGAAACCAAUGUCAAGAAGCAGCUAAAAUUUGAGGAAUUGCAAUGUGAUGUGUCCGUUGAGGAAGACAACAGGCAAGAGUGGACCUUCACGCUUUAUGACUUCGACAACAAUGGCAGAGUCACGCGUGAGGACAUCACCAGCUUGCUUCAUACCAUCUAUGAAGUAGUUGAUGCUUCAGUAAACCACUCUCCCAGCUCCAGUAAAACCUUGCGGGUGAAGCUCACCGUAGCUCCAGAUGGGAGUCAGAAGAAGAAAAGUAUCUUACUGAACCAUGCUGAUCUUCAGAGCUCGAGGCACCGAACGGAAAGCAAGGCCAAUGAAGAACUGAGGAGUUGUGAGAAGAAGCAGAGGGGCUCCCUCAGGUACCACCAUGGUGAAGCCAAAACUGAACAGAAUGGAUGCUAUCGUCAUUGUGUUGAUGAAAACAUUGAAAGGAGAAACCACUAUUUGGAUCUUGCAGGAAUAGAAAACUAUACGUCAAAGUUUGGGCCAGGAUCCCCACCAGCGGCUCAAAAACACGACCCGCCCACCCGAGUCGCAAACCAAACGAGGUCCCGUUCCCAUGAGCCAGAAAUCUUCCACGCCCACCAGCGCAGAUCUCCAGCAGCGGACCCCGGCCACAUCAGUUUGAUGGAAGCCUCCUACGCAAAGCUUGCAGAGAUACAGCAGAGGCUGCGGAGCCAAGAUGCGAGCAGGCAUUUUGCAAAGUCUCCCAAAGCUCAGAGCAGAAAUGCCUCUUCUGCCAACGCAGGGAGGGCCGUAAGGAGUAAGCCCGUCCAAGGGGCCUCCGUUCCGAUGGCUUCCCCCACCACGCGGCUGGGCCCAAACCUCCCUUACCUCCCCAUGCAGCCUCAGCCGGCUUACAAGAAACACAAGCAGAGGGCCAAAGAGACUCACCAAGUCUGCAAAACCUUCCAGCCCCCCGGGACGGUUUUCGAAAAAGAGCAUGUGAGAGACCUGCCUGCUGUCAUCUUGUACGAAGGCCAAGUGGGGCAGAUGAUUCAGAGACACGAGCACCACCACCACCACGAGCACCAUCACCACUAUCACCACUUCUACCAGACAUGAAAUGGACCCCCUGCUGCCGUCCGUUAGUGAACCAUCCUGAUAUGAAGGAAGCCUUUUUAGCUGCCACACUCCGGAAGAAAAGUGUUCUUCUUAUUAACCUUGUUGCUACUCCAUUAAUAUUCUGCUAGCACCCAUCUUAGGAGUUAUAUGAAAACACUAAGAUUAAUAAUAAUAAUAAUAACCUAACACUAUUUAUAUUAUGUGGGACUGUGUAGCUUACUUUAUGAAUUUGUGGAUUUAAAGUUUGGCUUAUACAAGAACACCCGUGCACAAGAGCAAACAGCCAUAUCUAUCAUCACGAGGAGUGUUUGAACACAGGUUGUCAAUGCACUUCUGGCAAGGAUCCCUUCCUCCGCGGUAACUGGAAGAGAUGCUGCAAAACAAUAUGGCUAUGACACCCAGCUUGUCCCAUUCGUUGCCUCAUUGCACACAAGCCCAUCAUCAGGGGAGCAAUGUUCGAAGGUUCUGGACUCCGGGAAUAUAAACAGCUGCUACCUCUCGUAUAAUUCAGAACUUCUUAAUGAUUGUAUUGUGCUAUGUCGGGGUGGGGCUGGGGGGGUGGUGGUUGUUUUUAUUCGAUUGCAUUCAUGUAGCCUGUAUAUGUUUUACUCCUCACCUCCUUACAAGCUAUAUCUUAAUAUUAAUUAUGUGGAAAUAACUAACUAUAUUUGUCAACAGAGCUACAUUUUCCAACUUAUUUCCCCACCCCCUUUUUUUCUACCAUUUUCUUUUUAAACAGACACCUUUACAGUCUGCUUUAUAUAUUGGGUAGUAUUUAAACAUAUAUUUUCUCUUUCUUAUCGGCUGUUGUGUGUUGGAAAGCCAUCGUUAAGGAGUGCGUUCCAUUGCAAUCUGGAUAGGGGCUCUUCAUAGGAUCUGUGGGGUCUUGGCACCAGAAGAGUGAAAUAGGCCUCAGAGGCAAGGGGGCGCAGGUAGACUGCACCCAUUUAUCCCUUCUUGGUUGUCACCCUGUGAUGACAUCACAAGUUGGUUUGUUGCUGGCUUCAGCCAAUCUCCUGAGGGUCUUACUUUCACCAUUUCACCACCACCACCACCCCACACACCACUUUGUAUAUCAGAUGCCUUCCUCUAAAUUUGCUUUGGGUGCCAUUUUGACAACAAAGGCAUAUAAGACAGCAAUAUUGUUACUCAGCUGGGCCAUUGCUAACUUUCACUUUUCAGCUUAUAGUUUUCCUAUUUUUUUAGGAGUGUAUGGGCACACAUACACUCACAUUAAAUAGGUUGCAGGUUGUGUAUUUCUUCUUCUUUUGCUUGGUUCUCCUGCUCCUUCAUUUCCCAACAUUGUUCUUUUAGAGAAAGAGAGUUGUGGACAGAAUCUUGCUUUUCUCACCUGUUAAACAUUGGCAAAUAUAUAUAAAUAUAUAUAUAAAUAAAUAUAAAUAUAAAUAUAUAAUGAAUAUACACACUCUCAGGUACAUUUUUUGUGUUUUAUACAAAUCUGUGGGUUGUUUUUUUGAAAAAAUUUUAAGCAUUUUAAUCUUAAAGCAGUGACUCUUUGGACAUGCUCUUUGAACAUACAAGUAUGUGUGUUCCUUCACCCCACCCCAAUCUCCCAGCUGCUUUUUGAUUUUUGGUUCUGCAGCAUCUAUUGCUUCUGCCCAUUUCUUUAAAAACAAACAAAAAUAAUCUGUCUUCUAUUCUCCCCCUCCACAUUCCUAUCAGAUGACCUCCAUCCCAUAAAGCAGGUUAAGUCAUGAUCUAAAACAGACAUCCCCAAACUUCGGCCCUCCAGAUGUUUUGGACUACAAUUCCCAUCAUCCCUGACCACUAGUCCUGUUAGCUAGGGAUCAUGGGAGUUGUAGGCCAAAACAUCUGGAGGGCCGCAGUUUGGGGAUGCCUGAUCUAAAAGGUCAUGACUGGCUGUCAAAGGUAAACCUGGAGCAAGCAUGACCAAAGAGUUGGUUAGCUUGGGACCAGCAACUAGAGACUACUGGGCCAAAUUGGUUAGAGCAUGGUGCUGAGAAUGCAAAUGUUGCAAGUUCGAUCUCCAUAUGGGACAGCUGCAUAUUCCUGCAUUGCAGGGGGUUGGAAUAGUCCUCAGGGUAUCUUCCAACUCUACCAAUUCUAUGAUUUUCUAAAAUCCUAAGAACAGAAGAGCCUGCUGGAUCAGGCUAGUGCCCUGUCUAGUACAGCAACUUGUUCUCACGGUGGCCACCUAGAUUCCUGUGGGAAGCCAGCAAGCAAGACCAGAGCCCAACAGCACUCUGAGGCAUACCACUUCUGACAGUGGAGGCAGAAAUUAUAGUACAUUGUGGCUAGUAGCCAUGGAGAACCUUAUCCUCCAUGAAUUUUUCUGAUCCUCUUUGAAAGCCAUCAAAGUUGGUGGCCAUCACUAAAAAAAAGAUCUUGGGGAGGGGUUGUUCUAGGGAUGCACUUCCCCUCUGGCCACAGUCCUUGGCCCCUUUACCAGUCAACAAGCUAGUAAGCCAGGACCCCUUUGUUGCAUUUGCAAGUUAAAAGGAAGUCUCUGACCACACACACACACACACACAAACAAAACAGUGUGGAAUCUUUUUUAAGCAUUUACUUUUGCUUUUAUCUUCUUUCAGUAUUUGUAAUUGUUGUUGUUUACAAUAUUGUGAGAUGUUCUUCCAUUUUAAAAAAUACUGGGGAGCCAGCUCAAAUUUUGAUCAGUUCAAAAUGGGUUGUUCUCUUUGAAGAAGGAAGCGUGAUGUGCACAGUGACGGCAAAUACAUUGAAGAGUCUGACCUGGUUGUGGCUGGUGAUCAGAAUUAACACUUAUUCAUUAGCUCUACAACUCUUGCCUCAAAAAGAAAAUCUAAGCAAUGCUUUCCCCUUCCUUUUAAAACAAAACCAGCCAUGUUUUCAAUGAGUGUUAUUUUCCUUCUGUCAACAUUUGGUCCAGUUAUGUCUGGCAAGAUCUUUUAAAGUGUGUUAAUCUGUGUGACAGCUAGCCCAUUUGGUUUAUCCUUUGAAUUUCUAAAGUUUUUUUUUAAAAAAAGAUUAUUUAUAUGCUGAAUUUUUUUUGUAUAGAAAACUGGGGAGGGGAAAGUUGGUUAGAACAGUCUUUACUUAACCACUGAGUUGUUCUAGUCUAUUUUGCUGCUUGUGUUAUCAAACCCUUCCUUUCCUCCAAUGUAUAUAUAAUUAUGGACUACAAAAAAGAAAAAAAGGCAUAUCACAUGCCUAGUAGAAGGAAUAAGCUUAUUUAUAUGAUAGUGUUAAACAAAGUCUGAUGUAUCCAAGUGAUUUUUGUUAUACUGCAUGCAACCCCACGAGUGUAACACAUUCCAUUGGAGAAAAGAUGCCAUGUCUUUAGGUUCUUAAGAAAGUGGUGUUUGUCGUUCCCUUUGCUGUUUUCUUCCUAUCUGUUGUAUGUUUUCCACAUACAAUCAGGCAACUCCAACAAUGCAGAACAACAUAUCUCUCUUUGACACAGAAGGAGGUAAAGAAAUCACAUUAGCAAUGGUUUUAGGAGUCUUUAAGGGGACGUGGUCUAUCUAAACCACAGAGCCUAGGGCUUGCCGAUCAGAAGGUCGGCGGUUCAAAUCCCUGUGACGGGGUGAGCUCCCGUUGUUCGGUCCCAGCUCCUGCCCACCUAGCAGUUUGAAAACAUGUCAGAGUGCUGGAUUUAAUGGCCAAGGGUACCUUUACCUUUACAUUUAAGCAACACUCCUCCCAAUAACCCCCCCCCCCCCGGCAAUCCAUUUUGUUCAGGAGAGAGUCAUGGAUGUGUUGGCUACAAGAUUUUUGUUGGGUUAGUCCAGGCAUCCCCAAACUUCAGCCCUCCAGAUGUUUUGGACUACAAUUCCUAUCUUCCCCGACCACUGGUCCUGUUAGCUAGGGAUCAUGGGAGUUGUAGGCCAAAACAUCUGGAGGGCCACAGUUUGGGGAUGCCUGGGUUAGUCCAAGCAUUGGCAGUGUGUUUUGGGGUGUGUUAAUCUAACCUUUAAGAUGUUUUUUCCCCCCGGAUAAGCACCUUUUAAAUCAUUUUAUAGGGGAUUAUAUGUAUGUGGUUAGGGGUAAAGGAUAGAAAUCAACUCAAGGUUGUGCUAGGAGAAUGCCUCUCAAGGCUGGUUUUGUGUAGGUGCAAAAUGGCAGUGACGUGAUGUGAAUGGUUAAAUUUGCUCUUGACCAAAAGUUGCCAACACACAGUACGGUUGCCUAGUUCUCAUUGUGGUGGUGGUGAUGAGCUUGCUUCUGAGGUGCAUUGUUUUAGGUUGCCAGUUGGGGGUUCAAAUGCCUGAAAGCUCUUCCAUAAGAGAA